AGCAGAAUCAGCAGACACAUCAGGAUGAAGGGAAAGCGUCGAGGCAGCAGAAACCUUUAAAGCCUCGCCUUUUGUCCGCCGGGUCCAGACCUCGCCCCUCGCUCGCCCCUCGCUCGCCCCCCUGCCGUAUAUAUUGGGGUGUCCAACUUUUUCUCUGUUACACUGUGUGUGUGGUUGUGGGCCAGGUUGGACGACAUCCAGUGGGCUAAAAUGUCGCAGUACUCUGGAAAGAUUACCUUCUAUGAGGGGAAGUGCUUCACCGGCAGGAAGCUGGAGGUCAGAGGAGACUGUGAUAACUUCCAGGACCGCGGCUUCAUGAACAGGGUGAACUCCAUCCGUGUGGAGAGCGGAGCCUGGAUCUGCUACGACCACCCUGACUUUAAGGGCCAGCAGUACAUCCUGGAGCACGGAGAGUACCCAGAGUUUCAGAGGUGGAACUCCCACAACGACCACAUGGGAUCCUGCAAGCCCAUCCGCAUGCACGGAGAGCACUACCGCAUCGAGCUGUUCGAGGGCUGUAACUUCUCCGGUCAGUGUGUGGACAUCUGCGACGACUGUCCCUUCCUGCAGAGCCGCGGAUUCUCCAAGAACUGCAUCAACUCGGUCAAGGUCUACGGAGACGGAGCCUGGGUGAUGUACGAGGAGCCAAACUUCCGUGGCCGCAUGUACAUCGUGGAGCGUGGAGACUACUGCAGCCAUAACGAGUGGCAGGCCCAGAACCCCAACAUCCAGUCCAUCCGCAGAGUCGUCAACUACUUCUAAACCCCCAGCUCUGACCUCUGACCUCUGACCCCAAACUCCUGUGACUCUUACCACUGCUGUAAUCAUGUACAAUAAAUAAA